GAGAGAGUCAUAAUCCGCCAUUUUAAUUUCGUGUUACACUGAAUUCACAGUAAUCCGUAAUUUUUUAUUAUAACAAAAUAAAGUAAUUACAUUUAUUCGUGUAUGCAUUACAUCCAUAAACGUCACAAUAAUUAUUAAUUAUUUAUUUAUACUAACAGUGAAUUGGUGUUUAAAUUUUAUUAAAAAGUUGACAAAGACGUAUUUUAACACGAGGCAUUAUCUUGCUACAGCCCUUGUUGCUUAUUAUCAACAAUUUAUUGAUAAAAAAAAAAACAACAACAAAUUGAAUAAUAAUAAUAAUAAUUGCUUGUAGCAGAUAAACAUUAAAAAUGCCUAAAAAAUCAAGUAAAGGACAACCAUGGGUCAGUUCAAGGAGAUCUGAUGAUAAGCAUUAUUUCGAUCAUGAUGAUCGUGAUGGAAGACGAAUUGACAAUGAUAGUCAUUUUAAUGGAAGUAGACCUAGAGUGUCAUUUAAAAACGUCACCAAGAGCAAUAAAAAAGGAAUUAAAAAUGUUGGAUUAGCAGCACUAAAGUCUCUUCUUGAUGGUGAUGAUGUUGCAAUGCUACCAACAACCAAUGGCAAUAAUGUCAGCAGGAUAAUUGGAUAUCGAGGAAGAGGACGUGGUGGUAGUGGUGGUUAUGUCAACAACAGAUCUCGUGUUGAUGCACCUCUUCGUGAGGGUUAUUGCUAUAAAAUUCAUAUACCGUAUGGUAAAAAAUAUGAUAAACCAACACUUGUUGGACUUCUUCACAAUUCAAUACAGCCAGAUGUUUUUGUGCCAAUAAUGUACAAAGAAUGUGAACAUGAUGUUAUAUUUUACAUUGAUGAUUUUAAAGUUGCUAAAAAAUUAUUAUCAUUUGAUCGUAAAAUAACAACACCAGAUGGUUUUAAAAUUAUUAUUAAAGUAACUCAACAAAGUCCACCAUCUAAAAUUGAUGAUGUCACCAAAAAUAGAAUAAGGCUAGCAAUGGAAAAAAGAUAUUCAUCUGUAUUAAAUGCACUUGAUUUAUCAGCAUUUCAUCAUGACUGUGAUCUCGUAUCAGAAUAUUAUUUUCCUCUUAAUCGUAAUAAUGUAUUAACUGAAGUAUUGGAUAUUGUUGGUGCUGUUUUGCCAACAUUGGGUGCAUUAAAGUUGGAUAAAAAUAAUUUUGGAAGUAUUCAUAAACUGAGUAUUCUUGGAGCAAAGUUUGCAAACUUGAAAAUUUUACAUAUUGGUGAUAACAAAAUAACUUCGUUGGCUCAACUUGAAGCUGUCAAGGAACUUAAACUGAAUGAACUCAAAUUGACUGGAAAUCCAGUUUGUUUACGUUACAAAGAUCGUCAUGAAAAUUAUGUUGGUGAUUUGCGGAAAAUAUUCCCAAAACUAAUGAAAUUGGAUAAUAUAGAUUUACCACCUCCAAUAUUAUUUGAUGGAGUUGACGAUGAAGUCAAAUUUCCUGAGACAAAAACAAGCUUUGCUGUUUCACUUGAAGCUCAUACAACUGCAACACAAUUUUUAAAACUUUAUUACGAAUGUUUCGAUGGUGAAUCACGUCAACCACUGGCAGAUGCCUACAAUGAAUCUGCCAGUUUUAGUAUUACUGUAUCAUCAAUAUCUUCACAAAUGUACAAAUUUGGUAGAUAUCAUGAAGACAAUCGUGACAUGAUGCGAACAAAAGAUCCAAUAAAAAGAAGAAGAUUAUUGAAACAAGGCAAAGCUUCAAUCAUCACUUACAUUUCGUCAUUACCAAAAACCAAACAUUGUUUAAACAGUUUUACUCUUGAUGUUACUCUUGAUACUGGAAAUAUGAUUAUGAUGACAACAACCGGCUUAUUUAAAGAAUUAAAUACUAAAGAUGAAUUUAUAAGAUACUUCAGUCGCACAUUUAUAAUUGUUAGACAAGGUGCUGGAUGGUGUAUCAAAAACGAGCAAUUAAGUUUAUCACAUCCAACACCAAAACAAGAAAAAAAUAUAUUCAAAGCAAUUGUUGCUGAAUCAACAACACCACAACAACAACAACAACAACAACAACAAGUACCAUCAACGUCAACACCUGUUGAACUUACAACAGAAAUGAAACAACAAAUGGUCAUCGCCCUCAGUGCAGCAACUAACAUGAAAUUAGAUUGGAGUGAAAAAUGUUUAAUUGAACAAAAUUGGAACUAUCCCAAUGCUCUUAGUGUAUUUCAAGAAUUUUUUAAACUUGGUCAAAUUCCUCAAGAUGCAUUUAACAAGUAGAUAUAAUAUUAAUUAUUUUUUAAUCUAGAAAAACUUGAUUUUUUAUUUUAAUUUUAAUUUUUUCGUUUAAACAAAAAAAAAGCAUGAAACAUUUUUGACUUUAAAAAUAAAAUAACAAAAAUGAAAUUUUUGUUUUAUAUAAUUAUUGGAUAAUGUUCCAAUUAAUAUUGUACAAAAGAAAAAAGUUAAAUUCAAGUUUCAUGCUUUGUGUAUAUAGAACAACUAUCAUAAUUUAUCAAUUUAAAUUACUCAUAGAAAAAAAAGUUGCUCGGCAAUGCAAUCUUUGAUAAAAUCAUUUUACUUUGAAAAAAUUAUUGUCAGAUAAUUUAAUUAGGAAAUUUAUCAUUUUGACAUAUUGAAUCUUGGAUGUGCGUUCAAAGUAUCAAUUUAAAAUAUUUUUUUUUCAUCUUAAAAUGAUAUACUUUAGCUAGAUAAAUUUAUGCUUGAUACUUGAACUCACAGCCAAUUGAUCCAACAUGUAUUUUUUAUUAACAUUGAUACUAUUUUUAUUAUAUUUUUUUUUUUUUUUUUUUUUCAAUGAGAAUGAAUAUCUUAAUAAUUAUUAUUUAUUCAUUCUUAAUUAAUAAUUUUUUUAGAUAUUUUUCAACGAUCAUAAUUUAAAAAGAAAAAAUACUUGCAAAAUAGAAAAAAGAAAAACAGACUAAAUAAUUUUUCUAACAAAAAAAAAAUAUUGGCAUUUUGGAAAUGAUUUUCGAAUUAAAAUUCAUGAUCGCGUUUUGAUU